AUGGGGUUAUCAAGACAAAUUGGAGUUUUCCUGCUACUUGGGAGCUCCUUAGUUUCCUCUAAACAACUAUGGACCGAUACUCCAGCGCUAUACGAAGGGGUUCUUCGACAAACAUACCCCAUAGGGAAUGGGAAGCUCGCGGCGAUUCCUUUCGGAAAUCCAGGGAGUGAAACACUUUCACUCAAUCUAGAUUCCCUAUGGACCGGCGGACCUUUCGAAUCGGAUAGCUAUACAGGCGGAAAUCCUCAAACAGAGGUUCAUUCUGCUCUUCCUGGAAUCAGGGAAUGGAUCUUUCAAAAUAGCACUGGAAACGUCUCGGGGCUGCUCGGUACGGGCGAUAAUUAUGGGCAUUUCUUUCCAUUGGGAAAUUUGACUGUCACCUUGGAAAGUAUUAUAUCCACGACUGGUUAUGUUCGCGCACUCGACUUGGACACGGGUAUUCAUUCGACGAAUUAUACUGCGAAUGAUGGCCAAUUUUACGCCACGUCUGCUUUCUGUUCUCAACCAGAUAAUGUAUGCGUCUACACUCUAUCAACAAGAAAUGGAACGCUCCCGAACAUUUCCAUCACUCUUCAAAAUCUGCUUGCCGACUCAACUGUGCAGGUCAGUAGUUGCGGACCAAAUUACGUUCGAGUGGCGGGGAAUCUGCAAGCUGGACCACCGCUAGGGAUGAGAUACAAUACUAUUGCUCGCAUCAUAUCCAACUCAACUCUUAAUUUCUGCGAGUCAGCUGGUGUUGGAACAAUGGUGAUUCCUGCAUCUGCCGCUGUGUCAAGUGUCAGUCUCGUCAUUGGAGCGGAAUCAAACUACGACCAAACUAAAGGCAAUGCUGCUAGUAACUACACAUUCAAAGGGGCCGACCCAAAGGCAGCGGUUGAGAGAAUCACAUUCGAAGCUGCAUUCAAAGCACCAAAUACUUUGCUUGAAGCCCAUAUCGCGGAUUAUACUUCGCUUACCCAAUUGUUCACUUUGGAUUUACCAGAUACAAAAAAUUCCUCUCUCUUAUCAACCCCAUCUAUUCUUUCACGAUACACAACAAGUAGUGACGAUCCAUACCUGGACUCCUUAUUAUUUGACUAUGGUCGUCAUCUAUUCAUCUCCUCGGCCCGAGCUAACGCUUUACCGACAAAUCUCCUAGGAAAGUGGUCAGAAAAGCAAGACGCUCCUUGGAGUGCGGAUUAUCAUGCAAAUAUCAAUAUCCAGAUGAAUUACUGGUUUGCUGAUCAAGUUGGUCUCGGGUCUUUACAAGACGGGCUUUGGGACUAUAUCCAGAAUACAUGGGUACCACGCGGUUCGGAGACUGCGAAACUGCUUUACGAUGCGCCGGGCUGGGUAGUUCAUGAUGAGAUGAAUAUCUUUGGCUACACGGGUAUGAAAGAGGGAGCUGAAUGGGCGAAUUAUCCGGUUGCCGCUGCUUGGUUGAUGCAACAUGUAAGUAAUCAUAUUCAUAAAUGUGAUCUUUUGUCUUGGGAAGCUGUACUUAUAGUUUUUAGGUCUGGGAUCAUUACGAACAUUCUCAAAAUAUCACAUGGUACCAAGAACAAGGCUAUCCUUUGAUAAAAGGAGUUGCCGAGUUCUGGCUCUCUCAGCUCCAAGAAGACGUCUAUACUCAUGAUGGUUCCUUAGUAGUCAAUCCCUGCAAUAGUCCAGAACAUGGCCCUACUACUUUCGCAUGUACUCAUUACCAGCAAUUAAUAUACCAAGUCCUCACGUACAUAGAUUUGACAGCAAAAGAUCCUUUACUUGCAUUCGAUCCAGAUGAAGAGUUCAUGUCUAACGUCGCAACAGCUCUUGCGACAAUUGACAAGGGUCUCCAUAUCAACAGCCUCAACGAAAUCAAAGAAUGGAAGCUCCCAAUGAGUUCCGGAUACGAGUUUCAAAAUGACACUCAUAGACAUCUCUCACAUCUCUACGGUUGGUAUCCAGGGUAUUCAAUCGCAUCCUUCCAAAACGGGUACACAGAUCCAACAGUCCAAGAAGCGGUAGCAAACUCCCUCUGGUCACGAGGUAUCGGUGGGGAACCGAAUGAUAACGAAGCAAAUUGUGGAUGGAGGAAGGUAUGGAGGUCCGCGUGCUGGGCAAGAUUGAACGAAACCGAACGUGCGUAUUAUGCACUUCGGUACUAUAUUCAAGAGAAUGUUGCGGACAAUGGGUUGAGUAUGUACAGCGGACAUGAUGAGCCAUUUCAGAUUGAUGCGAACUUCGGGUACCUUGGUGCGGUACUGAGUAUGUUGGUUGUUGAUAUGCCUAUCAAUACGGUAGCAAGUUGUCGACCCGUGAUUCUUGGUCCUGCUAUCCCAUCGGCCUGGGCUGGAGGUAAAGUCAGUGGGCUGGUAUUGAGAGGUGGUGGGAAGGUCGGCUUUAGUUGGGACGAAGAAGGAAUUGUCCACUCGGUUUCAUCGUUUGAGGGGCUAAAAGGGGUAAGAAUCUUCAAUAAGAACGGAGAUGUCCUACAUGAC